CCGAAUCUGUAUGCCGGCUGUCAUUUAGCGUCUAGGAACGAUCAAUUGUCAGUGCCGCGAUGGAGCCUCAUCGUCGACGCCAGCACCAUAGCUGCGAUCCUUGUCGGAAGGGGAAGAGGGCGCACGCUUCAACCUCUUCUGGGUCGGGCAGUCGAAGGGUGCUAGCAGAGAGCAAUCUCAAUAUCCCGUGCUCGAACUGCAGGAAAUAUAAUCGAGAAUGCACCUUCAACUGGUUAGUUGAGAACCGCGCCGCUGCGCGGGGAGGUCGAAAGCAGAAAAGCCGCAAUGGAGAUGCGACUUCAAGUCGCUCGGGAACGGACCUAUUGGAUGACAUGCUGUACUCCUCGUCGUGGCUCUCCAAUAGUACUGGGAAUGGGGCUUGGUCGAUGCAGCCGAAUGCCGUCUCGAUACCGCUGAGGAGCAGGGGAUCUGAACUCGACCCGUUCACACAGGUACCGCCGAGCAAUGCGGAAACGUCGGGCUCGGCCGAGGACAGUUGUUCGAGCUUUGACUACUACCAGCAGAGCUUGUCGAGUUCGGGACCGCACUCUCUCGACGAGACUCUGGAUCUACUGCAACAGUUUGAUGGUUCAAGUCCGGGGUUAAGUGGCUCUCAUUACUCGUCGUCUCCUGGCUUUAUGAUUCCGGACAACAGUGACGGUCUACAAACGUUCCCAGCAGACAGUCUAUAUCCACCUGGAAACAAAGAUAAUCUAUUUGUUCUUUCCGAUAAUAUUUCCGACAGCUAUGCCCGCUCGAUGAUGACACAAAAUCUCAUCCGUAUAUACCAUGACAGCAUGGAGAAUGCCUUGUCCUGCUGGCUCACGGAGCAGAACUGCCCCUACAACACGGCCGUCCCGUACACCUCACCGAGUGGGCUCUCCAGUAAAGCGCAAGCGGCAUGGGGACCGAACUGGACGAACCGUAUCUGUACUCGAGUCUGUCGGCUAGAUCGAGCGUAUGCCUCCGUCCGGGGUCGAAACCUGAGCGCCGCAGAAGAGAAAAUGGCAUCGAGAGCUCUCCACACCGCGAUCAUGGCUUUCGCCUCGCAGUGGGCGCAGAAGAUGCCGAGAAGCAAUGGCUUUUCUCCGACCUCGCCCGUCGCGCAGCACGAGCGUGUCAUCCGGGAGAACCUGUGGAACCAGGCGCGUCGUGCUCUGGAGAACGCAGCAGGUAUCCCUUCGUUCCGGAUUGCAUUUGCCAAUAUCAUCUUCUCCAUCGGACAGCGUCCGCUCAACGUCGACGAGGAUAUGCAGCUCCAUGAGUUGCUGGAGAAUGACAGCGCGCCGUUGUUCAUGGAGGCGGCUGUGCGACAGCUAUUCUCCAUCCGCUAUAAACUGACACGUCUCGAGCGGCAGAAACCAAAGUCGCGAAGUUCGCCAGAGCACAGCAAUAUCGAUCUAGCCAGCAUGGAUACGCCCUCUCCCCAGACGGAUGCGUUUUACGCCGACCCCGAGCACCAAGAAACUGUCAACCUUCUUUUCUGGCUGGUGGUCAUGUUCGACACCCUGCAGGCCGCCAUGUAUCAGCGUCCGCUGGCCAUCUCCGACGAGGACAGCCAGAUAACGUCCGUGUCGCCGUUGCCCUCAAAUACCAAACCCGACAACAACAACAACAACGUCGACCUCGACGGCUGGAACCUCACAUACACCCGCGCCCUGAAGGAAAAACAAGACCUAUGGGGCGACUUCUUCCUCCACAAACGCUCCGCACGCCAGGGCUCGAACCCACCCCGCUGGCCAUGCUCCUACGAAGAAGCCGCAGAGAUCCUCUCCGACGCCAGCCCCGUCAAAGUCCUCCUCUUCCGACAAGUCACCCGCCUCCAGACCCUCGUCUACCGCGGCGCCAGUCCCGAACGCCUCGAAGAAAUCAUCCAAAAGACCCUCCGCAUCUACCAGCACUGGAACACCACCUACAAGCAGUUCUUCCAGAGCUGCAACGCAAACCACGACGACCUCCCCCGCGCAUCCAGUCGUGCCAUGCUCCUAGCAGACACAGUCAAAGGCAUCGACGAGGGCCGCCUGGGUCUAGAAAGCCGCCGCGAAGCCCGCACCGCAAUCGACUUCGUCGCGACCCUGCGACGGGAUAACGCGCUGGCCGUUGGGGCCAUCGCGCAACGCAGUCUGCAGGGGAGGGAGUCCCUGUCCAACCGGACCCGGUUCUACCACGACGCCGUGAACGAGGCUGCGUUCCUGACUGAGCCGUGGACGCUCGUGCUUAUUCGCUGUUUCGCCAAGGCGGCAUAUAUUCUUCUAGACGAUAUCACGCCGCCGCUAUCGCAUGGCUAUAGGCCGGACGAUCCGUCGGAAUAUGCGCGGAGGAACUGCGAGUUCUGUAUCUCGGCGUUGUGGUGUCUGGGGACGAAAUCGGAUAUGGCCUUUGUGGCUGCGCGGUCGUUGUCGAAGCUGUUGGAUAGACGACUAGGUAAAGGUGGCGAUCAGUUUUGUUCAGUAGUUCUGUAGGGGAGGGUGUUCGGGUUCCAUCGAUGCCGCUCUUUGAUGAGCGGGUAUUGGGGGAGUUGGGCUAGUGUCAGUAUCCCGGUUCAGUUCGAGCAGAACAAUAUCACCG